AUGCGGACACCCAGACGAGUCCCAUGGACGAGCCAGUCGGAGCUCAGCGAGCUGUAUGAGUGGCUCUUUGCGCCAUCUGCGGACAUUGCGUCGCGUCGGCGGGGACUGGCGAGGAUGAGCGUGUAUAUCUCUUCGCCAUCAUGUCCGGCUUUCAUCCAUCUUCUGCAUACGCUGGUAUCGGCGGACCUCCUGCCCCCGCCAGCAGACUCGGCCGCUGCGCACGCUACGCGUCUGACGUCCGCGAUGGCGGUUGUGAGAUUCAUCAACGGCAUGGUGGAUCCGCUUCAGACAGGACCAUAUGCUAGACCUAUAUCCCAUCUCGCAGCGAGCAUCCAGAUCCCCGCCUCCCUCAUCUCCCUCCGGCAUCGCGCGACACACGAGGACCUCCCCCCUCUCCCGCUCCUCCGCCAAUCGGUCCUUCAGGCGAUCCAUUACCUUCAUACCUUCUCCUUCCUCCCUCUCCUAGCCUCCAGCUCGACCCAGCCGGCAUAUGAAGGCCGUGACCGCGCCGAGAAGCUUGUCGGGCGGUGGAAGCGGUUGAUGAAGGAUCGAUUGAGGGAUCGGGAAGUUGCGGAAGAUACCGCCCGUGCAAAAGAGCUGCGAAGAGUCCGAAGGGGUCUGGAGUCAGAGGAGGUGGAAGAUGUUGUGGAGGCGCUGUGUGGUACGGAGGGGAUGAUACCGCUCGCGAGGAAGAAGAGGCCGGGAAAGACGGAUACUGCCCCCCCGACGGCAUUGCUGCAGGUCUGGGCACCGCUCCUCGUCCACCUGACGGCUGUGCGGCCAACGUAUCCCGCACUGCUCGCCGAACAUAUCGUCUCAGCGCUCAUCGAUGACGAAGGCCGCCGGACGCCGGAGCAUCCGUCGCAGGAAGGCAGGCGGGAAGGAGAGAAGGAGAGGCAGUCAUUUCGCUGGACGCUAGCGGUAUGGCUUAUCUGGCUAUGGGAGGGACUAUCGGGACCGGGGCGUAUAGGCAUCGCCGAGGAGUGUAGGCGGCCUCUUUGGAACAGAGUGGUGAGCGCGCUUCUUGCGGGGGAUAUGAUUCUGCGUAGACUCGCUGGUAGUCUCGCUCAGAUCGAUGGUAGCUUGCAGGACAGCUGGCGGUCCAUCGCGCCGAUGCUUCUUGAGCCAGACGAGCCAGAUCUUCUGAGCGGGCUGGACGACGUCAAUAUGGAGGGGAUGAACGAGGCCGAUCGGAUGUUGGCGCAAAUGGAGGCGCGUCUCGGGCAAUUGCAACGGGUGGCUCAACCAAUCCUCAUGGACGGCGCCCGAUCUACACCUGGGUCUACGCUGCAGAACGGUCACGACGCGGCGACGGCGCCGGGGUGGAGGAAACUCGGGCCGAGAGAGUGGAGAGCUUGUCCAAUGGGCGUGUGGGGUGUCGCAUGA